GCCGGGCCCUCGCCCCGUGGGGCCCCGGGCCCAGCCCGGUGGAGUUUGGAAUAAGCAGUUUCAGACGAACAGGCUCCACUUAGCCAAAACAAUGUUUGCAGAUUUGGACUAUGAUAUUGAGGAAGAUAAGCUGGGGAUCCCCACUGUACCUGGGACAGUGACCCUGAAGAAGGACUCUCAGAACCUGAUUGGGAUCAGCAUUGGGGGAGGAGCACAGUACUGCCCCUGUCUCUACAUUGUCCAGGUAUUUGAUAACACUCCGGCAGCCUUAGACGGCACCGUAGCAGCUGGUGAUGAAAUCACAGGAGUGAAUGGGAAGUCCGUCAAAGGGAAGACCAAGGUGGAGGUGGCCAAGAUGAUACAGAUGGUAAAGGGAGAAGUGACGAUACACUACAACAAGCUUCAGGCCGACCCAAAGCAGGGCAAGUCUUUGGAUAUCGUAUUGAAGAAGGUAAAGCAUCGACUGGUAGAGAACAUGAGCUCAGGGACAGCGGAUGCCCUGGGGUUAAGCCGAGCCAUACUUUGCAAUGAUGGACUAGUGAAGAGAUUAGAGGAGCUGGAGAGGACUGCAGAGUUAUACAAAGGCUUGACAGAGCACACCAAGAGUCUUCUCAGGGCUUUCUUUGAGCUAUCCCAGACACACAGAGCAUUUGGAGACGUUUUCUCUGUCAUUGGUGUACGGGAGCCGCAACCAGCUGCCAGUGAAGUUGUGAAAUUUGCUGAUGCCCAUCGCAACAUUGAGAAGUUUGGGAUUCACCUUCUGAAAACAAUUAAGCCGAUGCUUACUGACUUGAAUACGUAUCUGAAUAAAGCCAUUCCUGACACAAGGCUGACUAUCAAAAAAUACCUGGAUGUCAAGUUUGAAUAUUUGUCUUACUGCCUGAAAGUCAAAGAGAUGGAUGAUGAAGAGUACAGCUGCAUUGCUCUGGGUGAACCCCUCUACCGGGUCAGCACUGGGAACUAUGAAUACCGCCUUAUCCUACGUUGCCGGCAGGAGGCUCGCACGCGCUUUGCCAAGAUGAGGAAGGACGUGCUAGAGAAAAUAGAGCUCCUGGACCAGAAACACGUGCAGGACAUCGUGUUCCAGCUCCAGCGUUUUGUCUCCACGAUGUCCAAGUACUACGACGACUGCUAUGCCGUCCUCCGAGAUGCGGAUGUCUUUCCCAUCGAGGUGGACCUUGCCCGCACUACUCUCAACUAUGGGCAGAAGGACACGUACACGGACGGGGCAGAAGAAGAAGAAGGAGGAAGCGAGAGAGAGGGUAGUGGGAAGGAGGACGCAAAUGGUGAAAAGCUCAUUGAUGAUGCCUGAGUGUGCCGGCAUGGCCAGAGGAAAGACUUUGCAGACUGUUAUAAAAACAUGUAUUUCACAUGGCGAUUCAUCCUCCGUGACUUUCUGUGUAUGUCCGGCCUGGGAUUCCUCCUCUGCUUUGGGUGGGGGUAGCUGGUUGGAUUGGGACCAACCUCUGCUUUCCUCUCUCUUCCCUUGCUUGUUUGCCUGGAUGUUCCUUUUUUCUCCAGAGACUUCUGCUGCCCAACUCGGGUACGGAGGUGUGGGGAGGAAAAUCCCCUACCACACCACCAUGUGACUGUGCGCAGACAGGACACUGCUGAGCAUGUGGGGUGCGUCACUCCCCUCUGGCACACGGAAGCCGGUUAAACGUCUGGAGACGAUUACGAAUGGCGAGAACGGCCCCCUUCUGUCCUCCCCUUGUGCUAUGGGAAAGUGUUCGCACCAGCAGUGUUUUCUUCACCCCGCUGCUCGCUGUCUUCAAGCUUCCCAUUCUCUGGCCUGUUUUAAGCUUCCUCUGUCUCUUCCUUCUGUCCCCAUGGGCUGCAGGACCGAUUUUUGUAGGAUGAUCACUCCCACCACUCCCAGCUCUCCGCGCCACUGUGUGUAAGAAAUAGGAGCAAGUCUGAACUAAUGCCUGGAACUGAUCACCCCCCCCCCCGACCAAGGGGCUGGGGGAAGCUCUCAAAGCAGGGGCUGCUAUGCUGGGCCGCUGCAACCCUGCUGCAAAGAUUUAGAAGUCUCUUUCCCUGGCUACUAUCCUCUUCAUAGUCCCCAGGCUCCUGCACAGCUGGCAGCGUGUGCACACUCCAUAGCUACGCCCCCGGGCUAGAUUCCUGCAGGAUGUGGCUCUGCCCUUCCUUGCGGGAAGGAGGGACCUGGCUCAGGAAGGAGCCCUCCUACUCGGCAGAGGUGCUGAGGUGAACGUGCUUGUCUGAGGCAGGCAGGUUCCUGGGAAUAACCGCAAAGCUGCAUGCAUUUCCUUUCCAUCGUUCUGUCUUACAGCGAUGGACAAUAACCAAACGUGCUUCUUGAGGAUGUGCAGGCACUCCUGCACGCUCUUUCCUUGUGCAGGUGCCAGGAGGAGCCACCUUAGAACCGCAAAGGAGAUGUCCCAUCCUUAAACUAAAGAGGAGAGAUGGGAAGCCUUGUGGAGAGAGGAAGACAUGGCCUGAAGGCAGAGGCUUUGAGUUUUUUAGUGCAGAGUGUGAAUAGCGUACCACCUCCUGCUCUCCUCUCUGCACAACCAUUUUGUGCUGCCUCUGGGCCAGCCAGCAGCAGUAGCUAAUGUCCCAUUCCCCAGCACAAGGGAACGGGAGAAAGGAAAACCAAGGUAGUGAGGCUGCUUCUUUCCUCCUUCCUUUUCUUUUCUCCUCCCUCCGUUGCUGUGGGCUGAGCCCCGAUGCAGAUGGCACUUUCUCUUUCAGCGGGCAGCACAACUGCCAGGAGUGGUGUGCUGCUCAGAGGCAAGGGUUUUGACUUCUCUGUCAUUACAUGCUAGUGGUAGUGAGAGAAGUUAUUUAAGGGCAUUAAUUUAUGAUUGAGAUGUUUGUUUUGUUUUGGUUUUUUUCUCUUUGAUUUGUUUUUGGAGCUUUGUCAUCUCUGUGGGUGCCUGGAAGAAAGCCAUCCAUGGUCAAGCUGCUCUGGCAGAUUUAAAUGGACUCUGAUGUACUGACUGUUGUCUCUAAUAAAGAAAAAUGUCACAUUUCGUUUCCUGUCCU